UUUCUGAUUGGAUCUCCUGUCAUCUCAUUCUAUAUUCCAUUUUCCUAUUCCCCAAAACACCAUUACAGGGUGGUUUAUUCACUUCAGUGCAUUCUCUCAGCUUCCCACCCAUUUCUUGUGCAAAAAUGGCAGCCACCAUUGCUACAACCGCCAUGCUCAAUGCCAAGAGCUUAACCACAGCCAAAGCGUCCAUUAACCCUGUCAAGCCAAAACCCAUCAUCUCACUUCUCUCCAUGAAAAACCUUCCCAAGGGACUCUCAGCCUGCAACACAGACAAGUCUGUUGUUUCAUCUGCCCUCACCGGAACAGCCCUGGCCGGGGCGAUCUUCUCCGCCCUGAGUGUGUCUGAGCCGGCUUUCGCCGCCCAGCAGAUAGCGGAGAUAGCUGCCGAUGGAGACAACCGUGGGCUGGCACUCUUGCUGCCCAUCAUCCCAGCCAUAGCUUGGGUGCUCUUCAACAUCCUCCAGCCUGCACUGAACCAGAUCAACAAAAUGAGGAGCACCAAGGGUGUGAUCAUCGGGCUCGGGCUUGGCGGCCUGACUGCCGCCCAGUUCAUUCACCCCUACGCCGCAUCAGCCGCCAGUGAAGUGGCGGCACUGGCCGAUGCUGCCAACGACAGCAGGGGCCAACUCUUGCUCAUUGUGGUCGCCCCGGCUCUGCUCUGGGUGGGUUACAACAUUUUGCAGCCUGCUCUGAACCAGCUCAACAGGAUGAGAUCAGAAUAAUAGUCCUGCUUUACAUGUACUUCUCAAGUAUUUUGUAUGUAUCAAAUAUCAAUCAACUUUUUCUUUUUUGAA